AUGGAGGUGGACCAGGACCCAGAGCAGUGGACCAACCAGGUCCCCAGAGGACCAGCAGCAGGCCCGGCCUCUGGUACCAGCCAUGUUCAGGUCCGCGGGUCUGUUCCGUUAACAGUUCCGGACAACAUAGUGAAUACCAUGAACUACUGGUCCAGUGGCACUAAAGCAGUGUUUUCCUUUGGCGAUGUAAAAGGUUGUUUGUCUGUGUUCGUCUCCACAUCAAAAAAAGUAAACGGCCUCUUCUUUAGAGAUGCAUAUGAGAAAAUCUCUCUGCGUGAUUAUCCAACUGCUUAUGUUUCAACCCUGUUAAAAAACACCUCUAAAGACUUUCUAUGUGUAAAGGUCAACAUCUUUAAUCGCAUUUGCAGUCAGAUUCGAUACUUUCCAUCACUUAGCUCAUUUGCCAUCUGCAAUAGUUCAUCCAAGACAAUGGUCCUUGCUUCUCUUCCCAAGACAUCCACAACCAAAAUGUCUACAACAGUCUUUAAGAGCAGAGGACAUGUGGAGUUCUUCACCUGUGUAGAAUACUCCACUUCCUCUAGGCAUCUGCUGACCUGCGGGACGGACACCCUACUCAGGACGUGGUUUCCCCACAAAACAGUGUCAGGCGUCCAAGAAUUAAAGGGACAUGCCAAACCCAUCACCCAUAUAAUGUUAAAUCCCAAGGAAAAAGUUUUUGUUAGUUUAUUGCAGGACCAACGUGUACGUGUUUGGUCCGAGAAUGCAAUGAUCUGUUUGCAAAGCUUCAAGAUAAAAGAAAUGAUGCAGAGUCCUAGCUCCAGUGUGUGUCACAACAGACACAACAAUGAGUUAGUCCUAGCUAACACAGAUAUUGGCAAAUAUCUUGGGAGAGGAACUGAUGUGUUUAAAAAUGCUUUAACAUCGCAUGACAAGCCCCUGUGCUGUGCUCUCUAUCACAACAUUUUCAAACAGGUUGUCUCUGUUUGCCAAAAUGGCGUGGUGACAGUGUGGGAUAUCUUAACAGGAAUGGCCACCAUGCAGUUCAAAGUGACUCCAGAUCAGUAUGUGGGGCAUGUUGCUAUUUCAUUUGAUGGACUAAAGCGCAGACUGAUCACAAUUACCCAGGAUGGAAAAGUUAAACUUUGGAACUUCAACAACGGAACAGAGCUUGCCAUUCUUCCUGUUAUCGUACAAAGAGAGGUGACAAGUAUCGUCUGUGUAGACAAUAGGGUGUUUGUGUCGGGAAAGAACUCCAAGAUCAUUUAUGACCGGGACAUACACGGAUAUGACAACAGAUUUUUGAAGCAUGAUUAUUUAGAUGACAUUUGCUCAAUGGAUGUCCAUGAAAACACACUGGUUACUGCCUCCAGCAAUGGAAAUAUUGUCAUCUGGGAGGCCGACAGUGGCCAAGUUCUCUACUGGCUCAAUGGCACUAACAGCCCUUGAACAAACAUGGCAGACAAAAACACUCAGGGCCAGACAGGGAGUCUGCUUGGUUACAAGAGUCCAAAGCAUGUGAGAGGCACUGGGAAAAGACCUCUACAUAGUAAAUCCC